AUGGUGAAAGAUACCCCCAUGGCCAACGGAGAAGACGAUUUCAAGAAGGCUCAAGCCGCCAAGCAUUACCUUGACAAUGUUGCUCGCUUUACAGUCUUGUACGCAAAGGAUUUGAUCGCGUUGCUUUCUCCUCAAAUUGCCUCAGCCAAAACGAUUCUUGACGUUGGCUGUGGUCCCGGUACCUUUGGAUUGGCCUAUCUGGAAGCCUAUCCACAGGGCAUUCCAGGCCAGACACUGAUAUUGAGUGAUUUAUCUCCUGGAAUGGUGAAUCAAGCCGAGCAAGUCAUGAAGGACCGUAUCCCUCCCAAUUUUCAAACAGCACUGGAAUUCAAGGUAGAAGAUGGGAGCAAGUUGGGAGGAAUUGGGGACGACUCGGUGGAUGUUGUCGUGAGUGUCUUUGGCAUCUUUAUCAUUCCGGACUAUCUUGAAACAUUGCAAACGAUCCGUCGAGUUUUGAGAAGCGACAACCCAAACGCAGUCUUUGGCAACGUCUGUUGGACGAUGACAGAGCAUCGUCACGAACUAGUCGAGGAAGGAUUCGGGCCCAGCUUUCACGAGUUGAUUGAACAGUCUCUUCAAGAAUUAACCAGCCUUAGUAGUAGUGACAAAAACGAAGAGCCACCAUGGAAACGAUGGUUUGAGCCCGCUCGUGGUAAAGAAAUGUUGGUGGCCGAUGCUGGUUACGAUGCGUCAAGCUUUCAAGUUCACCGAUGCAUGCAUUCUGUGGUAUGGCCCAAGGCUGGUGCCUUGUGGGAGAUGAUCGCCACCAAUCCAAUGUCCAAAAUGCACCAAGCUUCGCCAGAAAAGAUUGAGUCCGCCAAAACGAAAUUGUUCAAGGCUUUGGAUAGGGAAGAAGGACAAAACGAAAACCUCCCUGUGGUAGUCUCCACAUCAGCCAAUCUGUUCCUUGCCAAACCGUGGCGACCAUAA